AUGUAUUUGGACAACACCAAAAAAUACCGGGAAGAGGGUCAACAUAUUUAUUUCCUUAACGAAACAUGCGUAAAUGCUGGCGACUGUACUUCGAAAACGUGGGUUGACGGAAUAAUCAAAUCUCACCUCGACACAUUCCUAAAAGGUCUAUCGAUAGGUGCUGUUAAUACUUCAGGCAAAUGGAAACGACUCAUUGUACUCGACAUCGGCUCAGAAGACGGUUUUCUACCCGGGGGUUUGCUGUGUUUCGAAUAA